AUGACCUCUCCGCCCCUUUUACGCUUCACUACAGUGACUGGAUAUUUCCUCCAGGAUGACCCCUCCACUGACCCCGACACCUUCGACUACGCUGAAUCAAACUUCGGACUCAUCGAAAAACACUACGAUGAACACCCCGGAGUGGAACAGAUUGACAGCCAAUGGCGGCGUUUCGACGCCCACAUUCAACGCCUGAACGCGGACAACAAUAAAAAGCUCAAAGUCCUCUUUCUCGGACGCCAUGGCGAGGGCGUCCACAACGUCGCCGAACGCAAGUACGGCACCAAGAAGUGGGAUGAUUACUGGUCUCUGCAAGACGGAGACGAGGACGGCAACUGGGUCGAUGCCCGUCUUACUGAACAGGGCAGAUGCCAGGCCCAAGUCGCACAUGCAGCUUGGGAGCAGCAGAUCGAGGCUGGCAUCCCCUCACCCGAGUCCUACUACGUGAGCCCCCCUGAACCGAUUACCUUCCAGGGACUUCCGAUCCCCGGUACGUAUCCUUUUAAGCCGAUCGUUAAAGAGCUCCUUCGUGAGACAAUGGGUCAGCACACCUGUGACCGUCGCUCAGCGGCUUCGGAAAUCGCAGAAGAGUAUCCGGAGUACAGGUUUGAGGCAGGAUUUUCCGAGGAAGACAAGUUGUGGGAUCCUGAGGUCCGCGAGUCGAACGAGCAUCGCAAUGAUCGGCUUCGCGGGUUUUUGGAAGAUAUAUUUGCCCACGAUGAGAGUACGUACAUUUCGUUAACGGCUCACUCUGGCGCCAUCACUAGCAUUCUGGAAGUUUUGGGCCAUCGUUGCUUUGCCUUGGCGACUGGCGCAGUGAUCCCUGUGCUCGUUUUGGUGGAAAAGGGGGCCCGGCGCAGCCAGAGUCGCAGUCAUCGUAGUGCUUGCAUGAUUCGGAACUCAAUUUCGAUGAUUGCAACAAGUUUAUAA